GCUAGGUCUCGGGAGCUCGCAGGAUCGCUCGCAGCUUGUUUUGGAAUUUGUGUGUUUUGUAGUGUUUGCAGCGUUUUUCUUCUGCAGUUGUGUUUUGUGAUUUCUGCUUUUUAUUGCACUUACAGCGUUUUUAUUUUCCAUUUUUUGGGUGUGAUUGCAGCAUUUAUUUCACACGUCGCAGCAUUUUUCUUUUGCUGUUUUCUGCGAUUCCAACAUUUUUUGGGCGUGCGCAGAUCUUACGCAGUGUUGACGCCCACGUAAGAGAAAAGCCUCGCCCAGUUUGCAUGUUCUUUACGUUGUGUAAUUUGCUGGAACUCGGUUUGUUUAAAGGGAGGGACAACGCCCAUUAAUGCUGGAGUCAUGUUGCUCGCAUUCCUUCCGCUUCUAUGGUUUUUCCACUGCGGUUCCUGUUCUAGACAUGAACUGUGCUAUGGUGAAACUUUUCUCUUUCCUGUGGACUACUCACCCUCUAGACUCAAAGGGAAGCUAUACUUCUCUCCAAAGAAUGGCGAAGCCAGGAGGCUAGUGUAUGAAAAUGGCAAGGCGAUAGACCCACGUUUAAAAAUUAAUGUUGCCAGUCUUUCUUUGCAACAUGUGACAGAAAAAGAUAACGGCUAUUUUUCAGUUCCGCUUGGUAGCUGGUAUAUGGAUCGCAUCACACUGAAAGUUUUAGAAUGUGCUGAUGAGGUGCAGAAGUAUUACCAUGCUAGGUAUCGCAUUGAUAUUCCGAGUCUUGCUGAAAUCCUGGAAUUCACUAAGCUUCAUGGUUCGGACACAGUAGUGCUGUGGAAUCGCAGCAGUGUUGCAUCCGCGAGUCGCAUGAAGGAAAAUGUCUGGGACAUGUCGGACCUCACACAGGACGACAGCGGCUACUACAACCUGCGGUCAAAAGACUACACUUUGAUGUGGAGGAAAAAGAUCAUCGUGACAGAGUACACAAAUAACUAUCACCCCAAGGAGAAAUCGCUCUUCUUCAUGCGCUACCCUGUGAGAUUUUCUCCGUGGGACAUCACCUUCAUACCGAAAAGUGACAACGGGGAUCCCUUAAAAGUGAUGGGUCAUGGACGCUUUUACGAAAUAGCCAAUUACCCAUCAAGGACAAAUUUUGACCAGCGACUUUCCUUGGUGGACGAUGGUGUGGAAAUUGAUCCUGUUAAGGUAAAAGAUUCUGGACGUUAUGAGUUCCGAGACAAAGAUGGACACUUGGGCUUUGUGGCCAUAGUGGAGGUAGAAGAGGCUAUCCCCACAUAUGUAUAUGUAAUCAUUUUUGUGGCCAUUGUUGCUGUGGCGGCCAUCUGCUGUUGCUGCAUCAGAAAAUGCUGUUGUAAAAAGACUCCGUCCAAAACAAGUCCUCCUCAAAGGAGUCAGGAUGCAGCACCAGGACCUGUGCAACUACUGUAUUACCAUGAGGGAACUCAAGCCACAGGACCAAGUUCCUCUGCAGCGCCACCUGCUGCAUCUUACUCAUAUCAGCCAAGUCAAUCAUCCAAUGCACCCGGCUCCGUCUCCUUCUCCUACGGGCCACCCGCGUACAACAGAGUGGAUAUCCAUCCGGAUCCGACCCCGACGCACUUUGAGGCUCCCCAGGCAGCCGUUUCUGCCACUCAGCCCCCGGCAUUUGACUGCACCCCCUCGGACCCCGGCCCCAGGUUUGAGCUCAAAGGGCUGCACUUUCCGUCUGACCUUCCGCUCAGCUCGGAAUCCAACUUGGCCAGUGUUUACACCUCCGAUAAGCUCAAUUUCUAAAGGUGCCGUGCAACCACCAAGACCAGCCACAAAAAUAUUCACUCUAUUGCAAUGUUACUUGUUCAGCAUGUGGCUUUUUUAACUCAUCAGUAACCAUUUUGUUUUGUGAUACAUUUGUCAGUAUAUGCAUAUUGUGUUUAAUGGAAACUUAGAGAGCGGUGAGAAACAAAAUGGAAUAGGACAAGUGGCUAAAGGUGUAAGAGUUUAGAGGAAAAAAAGGUAGGGGCAUUCUUCCCCUUCUCAGACAUACAUCUUGAAGCAUGAUGCCACAAACAAAUUGAAUGACUUUGUGUACAAAAAUGAAUUUCUUUGCCUGUACACUAGCACACACUACGGUAGCCCCUAGAUCAGGUGUUGGGAACCUAUGGCUCGCAAGCCAUAUCUGGCGCUUUUGAUGGUUGCAUAUGGCUCGCGGAGCCCUCCAUAACAACACACUAGGUGUCUUUUCUGCCGUGUAGGCAACACUUCUGAGGCAGUGACAGUUUGUCCCAGUAGGGUAGCUGUAGUUUGCUGUCCAAUAAGGAAGUCCAUGUGCGCAGGUGAAGAAGGGUGAAACGCAGAUCGUGUCGGAACAACCAAAUGUGGACAGAGGAAUUUGCCUUGGUGGAGAGAGAUGGUUCUGCCGUGUGUCUAAACUAUAAUGACAAAAUUGCAACGAUGAAAUACUCAAGUAUAAAGCGCCAUGGUGCCACGCGCCAUGCUGCGUUUGCAUCAAAAUAUCCUGCAGGGGCAGCAGAAAGAAAGCAAUGUCAAGAGCUACUUUCCAGAGUCCAACAAGGUGAAUGGAAUGGAUUGCGCUUUAGCAAUUGUGAGAAAUGGAAAGCCAAUCACAGACGGGGAGUAUGCCAAAGCAUUCGUACUUGGUUGCCAAUAAACAUUUGGGCAAUGUCGCAUAAAGACACACAUUUGUUGGCAAGAACUGUUCCCCAUCGUACCAUCAUGAUGGCAGAUCAAAUUGAAUUACGUUCACAAUUAACAGAUGGAAGUAUCAACGCCUGCAUGAAGCUUAAAGGUCAAGUGUCAUGAAAUGGAUGAUUUUUGUUAUUAAUGUUAUUAAUGAAAAAACAGCAGCCGGUAUGGACCCAUCAGUUUUUUUCACCACAAAACAUGAUUUUGACGUAUACAGCUUUUUGUAACUCCCGCCAUGAAAAUGCUCUCAAGGGAUUUGUUUUCAAGAAGAAGCAGGAAGUGACAUACAUACCGCCCUCAAGCGGACUCGUUUGUUUCUAUUCGUUUUACCUGCGGGAAGAUAGCUCGUUGUUCCUUCGUGUUAGCCAAAAUGCCGGCUUGUUGCAUUGCUGGAUAUUGCUCGACCACUUGGGAGGAUGGAUUUACCCUUCAUAAGUUUCCAAGAGACCCGGUUCGUUGUGAAAAACAACAGGUAGGUGUGCGUAUACAGCUACUAAAGAAAAUAAUAGUUUGGGGCGGACCGUCUCAUAACGUAACAAAAGAUCUGCAUACGUAUGACUGGUGCUAAAUGUCUCAAUGUGCACGUCAGACGGCUGCCGUGUCGGCUUGCUGGUGAAGGCUGCCUCGUCGGGCUCGCAGAUGGCGGCGGCUGUGAACAAUGCUGCCGGCAAUGGCGCACUCAGCCGCAUGCUAGGACAAUGCUGUAAAGCAGCCCGACUCGGUGCCGUGAUAAGCCACCUCGGCGGCGAAAAUGAGCCACCCUGGCCGAGAAGGCUGGGAAGGCCGAGCGGUGGCUCAUCUCCGCUGCGGAAGUGGAUCCGACGGCGAGGCGGUUUGGCUGUGAUCGCAUAUCAUCUGACUAUGGCUCAAAACAAUAGGGUAAUAUUGCCCCAGUAACUUCACUUGGUUGUGUGAUGUUUUCUUCGAAAAGAGCUUCCGUGUCAGAAGGGGCGUGUUCGUCUCCCAUAGUAGGGCCCACCACGUGUUUUCAAUAGCGAAUGUCCGGGGUGACAUCAUGGACAGUAGAUGCAGCCAAUAUGGCAACCACUUGGAUGUCGUCGAAUGACACUUCCGCAACUUUGCGCAUGGAUGACGCGCUAUUUUUUUAUAGACUUUUUCGUAUGGACAUUGAAGUGAAUAAUGUAAUAUGUAUUUUUCAUUACAAUAUCUAUUUUAGCAUGUUUAUAGGGAUGACACUUGACCUUUAAUAAUGAACGAAACGGACUAUAAAGCCAUCAGCAAAACCAUGCAGCACCACAAGUCGCAUUCAUAGUAAGAAGUUCUUUUGCCAUCAUUGCUUAGCAACAUCUUAACAAUAUUUUCAAAUUCAGAGACUUGUACUCUAAAAGUGUUGGUCUUACAAAAAUGCACAAAUAUGCCUGUAUUUAGUUUUUAAAAUAUUGUAUGGCAGUUUUGAAAUUACACUUUAAAAUAUUUGGCAUUUAUGGAUCUCUCAGUCGUAAAGGUUCCUAACCCCUGCCCUAGAUGGACAAAAAGGAACCAAAAGGAUGUCGGGCUAGCUAAACCAGGUUGCGGCAUAGGAUCAUCAGUUACUGGGAUUUCCAGGACACGACUGGUCUACAUAUCAGGAGCUCAACACUAGUUUCCCAUUUCAUGGCUGCAGUGGGGUUACAUAAUUACACAGGACACAAUUAGUCAGAUUGUUUUCAAUUGUCACAUCGCGUUUACAAUUGCUGUGGGUCACAGGGCUCAAUCCCAAAUGCCAAUGAGAUUGCUCUGUAUUCAAACCAGACAAGGAUUCAUUUUCAACAAACAAGCUUCCACACCUUUGCACAAUUUAGUUGCUAGCUUAACAUAACGUGUAUGUAACAGUGAGGCCGCCCCAGGUGAACCGCGUCGUAGGGAGGGAACACUUUCAGGAAAUGAUGUCAUUACAUUGUAAUCUUUUGCAUGACUGUGAAAAUGUGAUUGAAUUACAGUUGAUUUUGCAAAUGAUUACAGUGUUAGUUACAUUUGAAAAACAGUUGCAGAAGCUCAGAUUUGUUUUCUCCCGCUUCCAUAUCAAUUACUCUUAUAAAGCUAACACUUGUGAUUGGCUCUUUCUGGUCAUGUGCCAUUCUGCCAUUGUCUCAAACGUCGUACGAUUCUAAAUAUGACCUUGAAGCACCACCUUACCUGGCUGUUGCUUUGUGUACAUACAGUAGUCAAAAGUGUCUGUGACUUUGAAAUGAGCUAUAUGAUUUAACGUGUAAUAACGUUGGCGUAACGGUUGCUCCCGUCGGAAUGUUCAUUUUAACUUUACUGAUGCCUCAGGUCACAUCUGCUGAGCUCAUUUUGAAAAGGGGCUUUCAAAUUGACCUCAGCACUU